UGUGAAUUGUGAUUUAGAUUUUAUGUAGUAUUUACCUAUUGUAAACCGAUAUUGCGAAAAUAUUUUUUAAUCUUCAUUAUUACUAUAACUCUUAAAACACAAUUAGCUUGUCAUGAUCGUAACGUAAUUAUGUUGUAAUUAUAUGAAAGCGAGGAAAUCUUACUAAGUUUUAUACGAUUUAAAAAAAAAUAGGAAAUUGAAAUUGGUGAAACUCACAGCACAGUGCACUCAUGGCCUGUUUAGAGAAUAUGGAUUCUGAGAGAGAAGAAGGUGAAAUUGUUGACGAACUUGAUAAUUUAUCAGAUAUUUCAUCUGAAGAAGAGUUUUUAUUGCGUCAACGAUUAGAGAUCCUCGAGAAUUACAACAACGUCCUUGAACGUAAAGAGGCUAAAAGGUGUACCAUUGGAUCAGGUAAAUCAAGUAAAAAUAAGGAUUUUUUUUCUCCAGACUGUUUUAUUCAGGAACAGAAAGGUUCAUCCCAGCCACAAAUUUACAGGGUAAUUAGAAAUGAUAAGCUAAAUAAGAGACCAAAAAAACCUAAGGCACAUGUUAAGGUUUCAAUAGGAGCUAGUAAAAAGAGCAACACCAAAGCUAAAAAACCUACAAAAUUGACAGUCAGUGAUUCUAGUGAGGAUUCCAAUGAUGAGGAAUAUAAAAAUAAGCGUCGAAAACUUGCUGAUGCUGUUUCAUUUACUACUAAAAAAAUUGAUAACUCUUCUCUUAAAGAGAGACUUGCAAAAAUGCUGCAUCCAAAACCAGAAAGUAAAAUUAUAACACAAAAUACAAUUUUAACUGGUACAACUACAAUUCCAAGUUGUAAUAUAAUUAAAUCAAUUACUGCAUAUAAUUCAUUGAGUGAAUGUAAUGAUAAAUUUUUUAAUGAAACAAAAAUAGUUGAUUCAGUUAUUAUGCCUACUGAUCAUGAUUUAAAAAUUGUCUCUGAUAAGGAAAUACAUGACACUGUGGAUGGAAUUGAUAAAAGAGACGAGAGAGAAAAGAAAUGUGAGAGUGGUGGUAGUUCCGAUGAAGAUUUAGAAUUGUUAAGACAGAAUGCUUUAGAAACUAAAUCAUCGAAACAAAAUCCAGUUCUUCAGGAAGUAGUUCAUGUAGAUUUGACUAACAAUAAGCAUGAAUCAGAGGACGAAGACAGUGACACAGAAGAAUUGAGGCUGAUUUGUCUAAGAUCGGCUUUGCUAAAAAAAGCAAUAGAAAUGAAAAAGAAACAAAAGUUACAAAAAAGACUGUCUCAAAAUUCCAUAGUUCAUGAUGACUUGCUUGAUAAAUCUGAAAAUAAUGGGAACACAACUGAUGUGGAAAACAUUGAUAUGGAUAUAGGUUCAGAUGCAGAAGAAAAGGAAAAAGACCCUAUCACACAUGAAAAUAAAUUAAAUUAUUGUAAACCAGAUGAAAAAAAUAAAAAAGAAUUAAUAACGAAAAAAGAAGAAUUAGACGAGGAUGAAGAUUUACUUAGAGCAAAAUUACUAACUUCGUUAAGUAAAAAUUUACCUAUUUUUGCUGAUAUAAACAUUUUGAAUGCAGCAAUACCAAAGACGGAGACAAAAUCUAACAAAGCUGUACCUAAAUCUAAAAUACAAGAAAAAAAGUUUAUUAUACAGCUGGGUGACUCAGACUCAGAAGCAGAACAUGAGGCAACAAAGAACUUGACAAAAAUGCAUAUGAAAUUAGCUGAACAAACAGAAUUUCAACUUAAACUUGAUCAAUUCUUAAAAUCUACUAGAAUGCAAGUUGAAAAAACCACCGUAUCUGAUGUUGUACAACCACUUGUGCCUGUGAAACCACCAAAUAAAUUUGUGCCAAAGGCUAUGAAACAUUUACCUAAAUCUGAACAAAUGGAAUAUAAAAACUUGGUAAAGAGAAUGAGAGAACUGGAAAAGCUAAAACAAUCUAGACAACUGCUGUUAAAUAAUAAUUUAAAUAAAAACAAUAACAAAGAUAUGUUAAAGCCAAGAAAUAUUUCAACAAAUGAGAGGGAGGUUAUGGAAAAAAAAUUAGAAGAAAAAAUUGCCAAGUCAAGAAAAAUUAUAGCUGAAGAGUCUGCAAAAAUGUUAAAACUUAAAGAAGAAGCUAAGAAAUUAUCACAGAGAUACAAGAUUGUUUCCAAUGAAUUAAGAAACAUCACAACAGCAAUCACAUUAAAUAAAAAACAACAAAGAACUGUUCAGAAUGGAUUAGACAAAAUAAGACUACAACAUCAGAUGUUACUGAAGAGUUCACCUAUGUCAUAUUCAACACCAAAUAAUCCAAACGUACCUACAAUAACAAAUAAUAAGAAGCAAAAAGAAAAUGAUCCAUUUGUUAAAGAUCAUCAAAAUGCAAAUUUGUUAAAAUCUGUGAAGAUUAGUUUAGUUAACAAUUUAAACAAAGAAGCAAAUUCAGUGCCUAAUAAUUCAAAAUUAUCAGUCGAAGUUGAUGUUGGUAGUAAUAAGAAAGUUGUAAAAGUUCCAAAAACUCCAGAAAGAAUCGUCGCUAUUAAUGAAUGCCCUGAUUGCAAAGAAACAAAUAAAGAUGGAGAGAAAAUAGAUGAUAAGGAAGAAAAUGGCUCAGAUGAUUAUAUUUCUCCACUAAACGCUCUGGGACGAACUGAGCGUAGAAAUUUAAGAAAAUAUGCAAUGACCAAAUCCGUGGAUGGCAUUUGCGUACGAACAUCGCAUAAUAUGGGAGCAGCGAUUUGGAAAGAGGACCCCAAUGCUUUCCUGUGCCCGUACGAAGUUGACGGCAGUUGCCGAGACUCUGAUUGCAAAUUCCUACAUUUACAGACACAAUGACAUAGCAAAAAAACUCACAAACAUUCACGUAGAAAAAAACAAAAAACCCUUACCUAUUUCCGUAUUCCCUAGUAACUGUGCCAUCUUCAACUGCCAAUGGAGUCUACGCACGAGUGUAAAGUAUUUUAGAUUUGUUUCAAUUUUUAUGCAUGCUUGGGAAUUUGUGAAUUAGUCAGGGAAUUGUUUGUCGAGUUUCCCUUAUAUAUUUCAUUUACUGUGCUUAAUAAUAAUUUUGCAUUGUUUUGAAUAUCAUAAAAAAAAUAUUUCCGUUGGGAAGGGUAUACUGAUCUAAUAGCUAUAGUAACUUCAAAUUUAUUUAUGGAGAUAUCAUUUGUUUGUCUGCAUUUUAGUCAAAUAUGUGUCUAACUAUUAUCUUAAUUUCGUUAUCAUGAUUUUCUGUUAUCACAAUUAGUUAUACCAAUUGCUAUAAUUUUCACAUAGUAAUGGAGUAAUAUUUUUUAAAUCAUACCUUUAUAAUCUAUAUAUAUAUAUGUAUUGCGAUUUAUAUGUGAUA